AUGUCUUCCCAUGGCGGCCAAAUGACAUUGACACCUCGGCCUACGCCCAUAUCGGCUACUCCUUCAUCACUAUACCCUGCCUUCACCCUUGGCACGAAGAACAUAGCCAAGCAGCUACCGCUCUUAACGGCCAUAAAUGUUGUCAAGAAGAUCAUGUUGAUAGGCGGCUGGGCUUUCUCCACCGAGCCCGCGACCUACGAGAUCUUCCGCGGUGCUAGUACCACCCAGGCAACCGCCAGAAACUUCCAGAUUGCUGACAACAUCAAGAUUCUUAACGAUCACAACGUCGGUGGCGUUCGCUGGGAUUGGGAAUAUCCAGCCGAUCCCGAUAUUCAGGAAAUCCUGCCCGUCACAGAGGAAGGGAUGACUGGCUUUUUCCUGCUGCUUGUGGACCUCCAGCUGAGGCUUCCCAGCUGA